AUGGCGCUCCCGGAAUACAAGAAGAACUUCCUCGAGACCUGCGUGUCGGCCGGCGCGCUCAAGUUUGGCACCUUCACACUCAAGUCCAAGCGUGUCUCGCCCUACUUCUUCAAUGCGGGCCUCUUCCACAGGGCAGACCUGCUGCGAUCCAUGUCAUUGGCAUAUGCGCAGUCCAUGAAGGCGCAUGGCGAUGCCGACGCCUCCUUUGACUUUGAUGUCUUGUUUGGCCCCGCCUACAAGGGCAUUCCUCUGGCUGCUACAACCAUCGACAAGCUGGCCGACUUGGAUGUUGCAAAGUACGGCAAGAAGAGCUACAGCUUCAACCGCAAGGAGGCCAAGACGCACGGUGAGGGCGGCAACAUUGUCGGUGCCUCGCUCAAGGGCCAGAAGAUUGUCAUUAUUGACGAUGUCAUCACGGCCGGAACGGCUAUCAGGGAGGCCAUCGACAUCAUCAAGAGGGAGGGCGGCGAGCUUGUCGGCAUCAUCGUUGCUUUUGACAGGCAGGAGAAGACGCCCACCGAGAACGACGAUGACGGCAAGCCCGGGCCCAGCGCGAUCGGUGAAGUCAGGAAGCAGUACGGUAUUCCCGUGCUCUCCAUCUUGACACUCGACGACAUUGUCGAGUUCCUGAGGAGCCAGGGCAGCGACGACGAUAUCAAGAGGCUGGACGAGUACCGGGCAAAGUACAAGGCCAGCGAUUAA